AUGGUGGCUGCCUUCCGCUCUGCUGCCCUGUACCUCGGCAGUUCUCGCCGUCUGCAAGGUUUGGUGUUCUCUUAUUUCACUACGCUCUCCUCUCAUGUUCAAGCAUGUUCAGAUGGAGUCCAUGACUUGGACUGUUUUGGUAAACAUAACUUAGGUAGCAGAAUAAACUGUGUUUGGAAACCUGGCAUGCACGCGUCCAACAGGACGUACACAUUCAUCCUACAGCAACCGAGCAAAAAUUAUUGGAUAGCUUGUCACAACAUCACCCAGUUCUCUCAAAGUGUCAGAUUGUUUGGAAAAGCCAACAUGACCGUUGAGGUUAUUGAAAACAGCAGGUCAAGAAACUGCACAAAAGCAGUUUUCAGAGGGUCACUAACGAGCCUGUGUAAGUCCACAGAAAUAUUUUUAUUUUGUCAUUAUGUUCUAUCCGUCAAAGCACUUUGUGAAUGUUCUUCUGAAAAGUGCUGUACAAAUAAAGUUAUUAUUAUUAUUAUUAUUACAUCUGAACACUGGAUUUUUAAAAAAAUCAUUUCAGUACGAUGUGGUCCUCCAAGUAAUGUGUCCUUCAGCCGUCACUCUGGAAGACUAGAUGUAAAUGUGAGCUGGAAACCAGAGGACGUGAAAGCCAUCACGUACUACUCUGUGAGAUACAAAGUGGUGAGCAGCCCGUCAUGGAAUGAGACAAACGUGGAAUCCAAAAAUCUGAGCAGCUGCAGAGUGGAGGAUCUGAACUCCUCACUCGUCUACCUCGUCCAGAUUCGAUGUGUCAGUAAUGAGAAAUGCUCUCAGUGCCCAUGGAGUGAAGCGUACACCGUCCCAUCAGAGCUGACAACGCCGCCUGUUAUUGUCAGCACUGAAGACAACGACAUCAAUGAGAAACAAGGUCGUCGACUGGUUUCUGUGACCUGGAAGUUUUCUGCCUCAGAGCUGUUUGACGGCUACUUUGUGAGCAUCGGGAAGGCGUCUGGAGAGGCUCCGUGUGAGCAGAUGAAAACCUCUGAGCCUGAGAUCAGACUGAUUCUCUCCCAUUCAGCUUAUCAGCUCAACAUCAGUGCUGCCAACAAUGCAAGCGUCUCUCCAGCUGUCAGCCAGACGAUCCCACAGCGGGAAGACAUGCACGAUGUGGGAGAGGAGAAGCUGAACGUUACAGUGCACCACAACACAUCUUUCACCAUCUACUGGAAAGAUGAUCUCAUCAAGACCUUUGUGUGCUACUCUGUGGAGUGGAGGGAAAAGGGACAUAAGGCUGUGCCCAUGUCCUUCUAUCAGAAUGCAAAAAACAGCAGGACCUUAUCGUUUCCUUUACGAGAGCCGUUGGAGCCUUACAAGAGAUACAGCAUCACCCUGCACACUCGACCAGACAAGGAGACCUGCAACAUGAAGCACAUCAACAACAGUGAGAGCACCUAUGGGAGCACACAGUUCUAUUUCAUGGAAGGACCUCCCGUCAGCGCUCCAGCAAACAUCAGCAAGUUCAACGUGACGCUGAAGUCAGUGCUGCUGCAGUGGUCGUCCAUCCCAGAGGAGGAUCUCAGAGGAUUCCUGCAGGGUUACAUAAUCCACUACACCGAAUAUCACCAACGGAGGACGAGCACAGAGAACAAUGUUAUAGUGGAUCCUGAGCUGAACAGCUACGAACUGUCAGAUCUGAAAAGUGGGACAGCUUACCAAGUCCAGAUAUCAGGCUUCACCUCUGCAGGAGCAGGAGUACGCAGCACAGCAAGCUUCUUUAAAACAGAUCCUGAAGAUUUCAGUCUGCGCAGCGUGAUCAUAGUCUUUGCGGUUGUGGCCGCUGUGUUGAUAUUUGGAACGCCAAUAAUAAAAGCCAAAGCUGUCCUGUGGCCAAGCAUCCCUCACCCUGGAAACAGCAAUGCAAUGCAGAAAAUAGACAGAGCCUGUGAGCUGGUGAGUCUGGAGGCCAUCAACACUCUCCAGGGAGAAUGGGACACAAACACUCAGAUCGUUGAGAAAGAAGCCGUGAUCCCUGCCAGCACGCUACCAUUGGUGUUACCGCUUCUCUGUGCUGCAGAAGAUGAGGAAGAUGCACCAGAAAUGGCCUGUGACUGGAACCAAACGGACACAGACAGUGUAGCUGGAGAGACGUCACCUGGAGACACGACAGAAAUGUCCUCAGACACACAGCAGACAAACCUCCAGAGCUCUCCGAUGGUCUUUUCAGGAGGAUAUACCACCAUGGAAAUGUUUCAGCAGACAAUGCCGCAGGGUGUAGCAGCGACACAGCAGUAACUGAGGUCAUGGAAAGCCAACCAGAGAACAAGUCGGGGAUGGACUAUGUCAGACAAUUUAGUACCAGUCCCAGCUUAGACAGUGAGCAGCCGUCCAUGAUUUUAUGAUAAUCACUACAUAACACAUUUUAUACAUUGUCUAGGAAUGUUUGAACGUGUUCUACAGAUGCACUUUGAGGAGCAGCCAUGCUGUUGCAGGUCAACAGCGUAGAUUUACUGAGUCUUACGUUAUUAAUAGCAAUAAUAGUACUGUGUUUCAUUCAUGUUUAUGUGAACAACUCAUCCAAAACAAGAAAGCAUGAUGUUACUUCCAGGUACUGGAUUUGGAAGAUCUGAUGUGCUAAUGUUUUUAACCGCCCGGCAAACUCCGUUUUCCGGAAGGUAUUGUUUUCAGCUGCAUGGUCUUGCUUGCUUGCUUGUUUGUCUGUAACAAUUUGGUUUCCGCGCGAUAGCUCGAUAAAAUAUUGAUGUAGCCUCACCAUAUUUGGUACACAGGUGUACCAUAAUAAGACACAGGUCAAGUUCGCAUUUGGUGACCUUGACCUCAUUCUCAGGUCACAGGGGUCAUCUUUGUCGCCGGCAGUCCAAGUUUGGUAUAACUUCUUGUUCUUUGUUGUUUCUUUUUUCUUUAUUUUGGCCAAUUGCAAAAACUGAUACAUACAGAGAGCAUGGAGUAUCUCCUGUAGUGGAUUUAUCAUAUUGUUUAUGUGUUCUCUUACUCUGAUGGGCCACUGGCAGAUACAGACAUAAAAUACAAUGUUUUUCAAAAGCAGGCAAUUGCUAGGCCUAAACUAAACUGAUAGCAAAACACAGGAUAUUGAGUUUCAUGUCCAUAAAGAUCACAAAGUAUCAGAGACAAAGGGUGACCAGAUUAACGUUUGCAUGUAAAUUGAAGAAAAUGUCUCCAGGUGUUCAAGAGGUAACAUGUUGAUGUGAGGGGGAUGGAUGGACGCGCAGAAAACACAAAAACAUCAAACAUCCGACCAACCCUUAUGCUGGAGUAGAGGAAUAAAUACAUAGUUUGGAGGCAGUGUUUUCUUUGGUCAGAUCUUCUUCAUAAGUGGUUUAAAUUACAUUUCGUGAAUAAAUUCUCAGUUUUGGAGUGAACUUAACCAAAAGCCGUCAAGCAGCGAGUACACCAUGUUCCAAAGGUUCGUUCUCCCCAUUGGACAACAUGUUUGAUUGAUUGUCACCAGAAUGGGUCCCACAUGAUCAAUCAGUACUGUUUAGCUGUUUGUCCUGGUCAAACUAUCAGAUCUCAGCAUAUAAAUGUCUUGCUUGACCAAAA